AUGUCGCUCGCACUGGGAAAGCGCAAGCGCGCAGUCGCAUCCAAAUCAUCUCUUCCGUCCAAGAAAGCCGCCAUUGCAAAAGCAGCACCACCGCCUUCAGCGCCAGAACCAGAACCAGAAUCCGACUCAGAAGACAGAGAAGCGCUAAACGAGGCUUUUCGCCGCGCGUUUGAGAAGCGAUUCAGGGCAAUAGAGGAGGACAAAUCAGAAGAAGUCCAGGUUGAAGAGGAGGAAGACGAAGAAGAUAAAGAUGAGGACUGGGAUGGCCUUUCAGAAGAGGAAGAGGAUGACGAGGAUGAGAUUGAAGUAGUCGAGCACAGCAUGUCCAACUUCUCGCGCGAACGGGCAGACAAAGCUGCAUUGAAAGCAUUUAUGCAACCAACAAAAAAGAAGGAUGAAGAUGCCGAAGGCACAACAGAACAAGACGAUCUCAAAAACGACCUUGCCCUGCAACGCUUGCUCAAAGAAUCCCAUCUGCUAGACGCUACAUCCCUCUCCACCGACCCCUCUGGCAAGAACCGCCAUAAAGCCACCGACCUGCGUCUGCUAGAACUCGGCUCCAAGACUUCGAUUUUCGCACAGAAGAACAUGCCCAAACAUCAAAGAGUGGGCAUUCAGAAAAAGAAGGAAGACAAGGAGUUUGAGAGGAGGAGGGAGGCCAAGGAGAAUGGUAUUGUGCUUGAAAGAGUCAGAAGAGAAGGAACGGAUGGGAGAGGAGGUGGCUUUGGAGGUGGUAAUAAGAGGGAACGAGGCAUUGGGAACCCGAGCGUGGGAAGAUUUAGUGGAGGUACGCUGAAGCUGAGUAAGAGAGAUGUGGAAGGUAUUACUGGGCCGAAGAGCAGUGGCAGAGGAGGACGAGGUGGUAAGGGAGGUCGAGGAAGAGGUGGUGGCAGGGGCGGAAGGGGAGGCAAGAGGUAG